GGCGAGUAGCGCGUUGGCCGCACAGCACACACGCGCGCACGAACACAAACGCCAAGGGACACCCGGUGAAGGCGGCUCGUGCACCGUACAUUUUCUUUUGCUCCUCCCCGUUUGAUCCCGGAAACACCAUCUGUCCGGAACCCCCUCGACCGAAGAGGCAAGCCCGGAGCGUUUUGACGGGGAGACAGACCAGCGAGCGUCCCCUCAGGCCUUCUGAGUGCCUGCUGCUGAGGUCGACCUACUGCUGUAGAGCGAACACAGCAAGAGACAACAUGGUGGACAGGGAAGCAAGCUCGAAGCGGUUGGAGAUGCGAGUGAAGAGUCUUUCGAGCGUCACUGCUGUGGCUGAGGAACCAAAUCCGAGCAGAGACGCAGCAACGAACAUGGCGUCUCCGGACGUGGACCACAUCGGCAGCAUGGUGGGCGAAGAAGACGCUUUCCCAACCGGGAUGCGGCGCCGCGUGAUCGAGCCGCCGCUGGGGUCUAAGAUCGGCUACCACGAGCUCGAAGACGAGAAGGAGGAUGCCGAUGAGGAGUGGAUGACAGGGGAGGCUUCGCAGGUCAGUGGGGGCGGCACGCGGGGCAGCAACAACUGGAUGCUCAAGGUCGUGUUCCCGAUUCUGCUGAUCGUGGGCAUCAUCUGCAUGCACAACUGGUGGACAGACGUGAAGUAUCACGUAUCCAACGCGGCUAAGGCGGUGAGCGAUGUGUUCGACAGGCGCGCCUUGCUGGAGGAGGAAGAGGCGGAGGGGCGGGGGCAGGGGAGGUUUUCUGAAGAGGAAGGAGCGGUUUCGGCACCACUUCCGGACAAGGCGAGCGCUCUACACGGUGGGCCUCGGAGAGACUGGUGCCACCGCGGACAGCCAAGCGUAGCCGACCACUACCUGCAUCCCUCCUGAAUUGGAAGAUUAUCUUGCCCUGGGCGCUUGCCGGUGUGGCGGUAUUGCGUGAAUUGACCGCAAUGGACAAGUAAUAAUCUGGCAAGCUGCUGUUUGUUUUUUUCGGCUCGAGUGCCGUUUUUCGAGUCCAAAGUGGAUCUACGGUAGGUGUGUUUUAGAAGAAGAGCGCCUGUGUUAACUUGACAGAUGUGCGUUUAUAGGGUUGGGGUCAGGGGGAUCUGAAGACCUUCCCAAUGGAAACUGGGCCGUAGAGUGCUGUCUCUGGUGAACUUCGAAAACGAUAGCUGUCCGGGGGCUCAGUGUGUGAUCGCGUCUUGGGAGGGAGGAGGGGGGGGGGNGGGGGGGGGGGGGGGGGGGGGGGGGGGGGGGGGGGGGGGGGGGGGGGGGGGGGGGGGGGGGGGGGGGGGGGGGGGGGGGGGGGGGGGGGGGGGCUGAAAGAAGCGCUCCUGCCGGUUGCAUGCAGUGUCGUGUGUACUACGAAUUCGUCUUUAUUGUGCUGUGCUAUACAACUAGGUGUAGGUGUCUGCUGUGAAUAGCUUCGACGCGUCUGCGUGUGACCUUUCGAGAUUGACCGUUGGCGCAAGUGACGUUCGAUGCAGGCCUCUAGUUCGUGUAGCUGGCGGGUCCUCAUCCAUGCUACUUUUCCUCAUAGAGAAGAUAAACGCGUUGCGCCGUGGGCGGCAGGGCGAGGAUAGUGGUGGUACCUGCAUUACAGACGUUUCGUCCUUCAUCCCUGACCUCAUAGGUCUGUCUCGCAUCUCAAGCACCAAGUGCUGUAGUGGGCUAUGCCCCACAGUUUUUUGUCCGAAGCCUCAUCGAGUGUAGAGUCUGUAGAGGAUAUCAAAUGCCAUCUGGCAUCUAUCGUGCAUCGAUGAACGUGUGCUACGUAGGGUACGGCGGUGGCUUGCUGUGCGAGACACAAUCGUGCUGAAGGAUCGGUCGCUCUCUCUCUCUCUGUAACAUGGGGUCAAUGUUCAUCAUGUCGCCCCAUCUCUUGUCUUUGUCUCUGCGUUAUGUUGGUACGAUAUGUUGGUAGUGUUGCGUGUCGAGGCUAACGUCUGUUUGUGGAACACCCGAAAGGAAGCGUUUGAUGUGGCAGCAGUAACUGAUAAGCCAAAGGUUACCGAUGAAAUCGCCGUGCUUUGACGAUUUAUCUGGAGACAGGCGCCAUUGCCUUGACGCUCUACUUUUGUAGUUGGUGUCGGGACAGGCGUCAUCGGUUUGCUGGUGAUGGCAACACCGCGAUGUAUGUGGCGAAUGCGGAACUGUGGUAGACCCGUAUUCGCCAUCCUGGUGAGGUUUUUGUCCUUGGUUGCAAAAUCCUGAAAGAGUGACCCUCUGCUCAGCACGCUCGCCCGCCCAGCCUGGUUAGUUCUGUAGCUCGAGAGGGAAGACUCUGGCAAAGUUCUUGCCCAGUGCGCGAAGGUAACACAAUCAGCG